UUACUGAUGAUUGAUAAUGGGGGCGAUUGGCCUGGGGAACGAUCAAGACUUGUGUGACAGGUAGGCGAGUUCGGGCACCGCGCUUCAAGAUGCGUCUGAGACGAAGUGCUCGGCAAAGCAAAUACAGACUGACGCUCAAGGCAGCCGGGAUCAGCGGCCGAUUAAGGUCCUCUUUUAGAGAACAAAAGACUGAAGAGGAUCUGGUGCUCCUCCAGACCUUACCCUCAACCGCUUCGCUACCCCUCAACAAGGGCUCUGUUCCAGUUCCAGAGCCAGAGCAAUGUAGAACCUUCACAGUGAUUCGGAGGAUUAACUUGGUCAUGACCGCAUUUGGCCAAAACACCGGCAUGACGAUAUUGCUGAUUGCACUCAGUUGAAAAGCAACUAACGUCGAUAGGCUGGGUGAAGAGUAAGAAACGGAUGUAAUACUGCCGGCAAAGACCAUGAACCACUCUAUCACCAUCGAACUUCUCAACGCAGUCACACAGCUUCUUGGACACGCGCUCCCAAAGCAGGAAAGUUCCGUACUCCUUGCAACAGUUUGCCCACGAAUCAUCGGAAGCAGAACGAGAUUUCUGAGCACAGGUCGUGAAAAAGUGUAAAUGAGACUCGAUUAAGCGCGAUGUGACUGCCUCUUCCAACUUCCCUUCGAGCUAGUCGUCAAACAUCAGCCUUGGAGUCAUCCUUUCUUUCCCCACUACAUAGCUAGUUGUGGGUUUGAAGUCGGUAGGUAUGCUGUGCCUCGCUUUCGCAUUUUCCAAUGAUGCCCAAAAUAUUUCGUUUUAUUACUCGUUUCUAGUUGCGUGUGGCGUGUGUGUCGGGGGAAGGUUCCAAUCAAGGUCAGGCAGUG